UAACUUUUUUGUCAAGUUGUUAUCUCUCCCCUCAACCCCAAACCCCACACAAUAAAAACCCCCAACUUUAACCAAUCUCCUAAAUCACCCCGUGCCAAUCCCAAAUCAUCAAAAUCAAGAUCCCAUUCCCAAUUCCCCCCUUAUUUAACAACCCUAACCCCCAAAAAUUGCCUCACACUACCAAUGGAUAUAGACUUGACCCCAACUCCCACUCCCACCUCCACCAACGACACCGAAAUCGACACGCCGCCGCACACCACCAACGGCGCCAAGCGCCGCCACCCGCCGCCGCCCCCCGUCGCCGUCGCCUACAAAGAAUGCAUGAAGAACCAUGCAGCCGGCAUCGGCGGCCACGCGGUGGACGGCUGCGGCGAGUUCAUGCCCCCGCCCCCGUCCACCGCCGCAGUGGCCCCCGCCGCGCUCACAUGCGCCGCGUGCGGCUGCCACCGCAACUUCCACCGCCGCGACCCCGAGUCCCCCACCUCCGCCGCCAUAACCCCGCCCUUCCUAGACUUCCGCCACCCUCCCCUCCCCAAGCGCUUCUCCCUCUCGCCGUCGCCGCCGCCGCCUCCGCCGGCGGCCGCCCAUCCGCAUGUUUUUUUCGGGUUCUCCGCCGCCGACGACCACCACCCGGCGCCGGUGACCCCCACCGUGGAAAAUCCGAUCGGCCGGAAGCGAUUCCGGACGAAAUUCAGCCAAAUUCAGAAGGAAAAAAUGCGUUCCUUUUCGGUGAAAUUAGGCUGGAAAAUGCAGAAAUCCGACGAUGCGGCGGUGAAGGAAUUCUGCAACGAAAUCGGAGUUUCGAAAGGAGUGCUGAAGGUGUGGAUGCACAAUAAUAAAAACAUAUGCAGGAGGGAAUCGAGCAGCGGCGGCGGCGUUAACAAUGAGAGUGUGAUGAGCUACGAGCACAGCGGCAGCGGCGGGAGCGGAGGAGAGGAACGGAAGAGGGAGGAUAAUAACGGUAACGGUAAUAAUUUCGUUGAGAAUGGAAACGGAGUCCAUCAUUUCGAUGGCUCGUCGUCUUCGCCGGCGUGAUGUAACAUUUUUAGGGAGAUUAAUUAAUUAAUUAAUGGUGCUUAAUUGUUUGUUCGCUUCCUGGUGAUUAACGGUAAUUAGUUAACCGCUGAUCCAAAGCUGGAAAUGGAAUAGAUUAUUACUCCUAAUUAGCAGUUAAUAAAGGGUUAGUGAUUAUUACUCCUAA